AGAUGUUCCAGUGGCUUUGAUCGCCAUCGGCAGGACUGGGUGGACAGUGGAUGCCCUGAAGAGUCCAAAGAGAAGAUGUGUGAGAACACAGAACCAGUGGAAGCUUCUUCUCAAACCACUACAGCCAUACGCACAACAACCACACAGUUCAGGGUCUUAACCACCACCAGAAGGGCAGCCACAGCGCAGCUGCCCACCAGCCUGCCCACAGAAGAUGAUACCAAGAUAGCACUACAUCUAAAAGACAAUGGAGCUUCUACAGAUGACAGUGCAGCCGAGAAGAAAGGGGGCCCCCUCCAUGCUGGUCUCAUCGUCGGAAUUCUCAUCCUGGUCCUCAUUAUAGCAGCAGCCAUUCUCGUGACCGUCUACAUGUAUCACCAUCCAACGUCAGCAGCCAGCAUCUUCUUCAUUGAAAGACGCCCAAGCAGAUGGCCUGCAAUGAAGUUUCGAAGAGGUUCUGGACAUCCUGCCUAUGCUGAAGUGGAACCUGUUGGAGAGAAAGAAGGUUUUAUUGUAUCUGAGCAGUGCUAAAAUUUCUAGGACAGAGCAGCACCAGUACUGGUUUACAGGUGUUAAGACUAAAAUUUUGCCUAUACUUUUAAGACAAACAAACACACACACAAAGGAACCCUAAGCUGCUGUAGGCCUGAAGGAGUCGAGAUUUCUGGACAAGCUCAGCCCAGGAAGGGUAAAAGAAAAACUAAAACUUAAACAAGAUACCAUUUACACUGAACAUAGAAUUCCCUAAUGGAAUGACAUCUAAAGUUCACUUGGAACAUCUUCUGUGGACUUAUCAGAAGUAUGGCAAGAUUACAGUGCUUUUGGCUUAGGUUCAGGGUUGCAAAGGGAUCGAGAAAAAUAGUAAUAAUAAAGCUUUAGUUCAUGAGGGA